AAUGUCUGUCAGUUGCGGGUGUUGCUUCUUCUUUUUCUUAAAAAUACCCUGCAUUCUAAUUUUUGUGGGAAAGGACCAUAUUUUUCUUUUUCAAUAAUUCUGACGGAAACGUUUUAUCAAUAAUUACUCUCUCUCGAAACAACUUUGAGUAUGGAUGAAACUUGUGCAUGCCUUGUUAUUACCGGUGUUCCAUUGGAAACGGAAUUCGGAAUUGAUCUUCAAAGCUUUCGCGCUGGUGACAAAAUUUGUGGAAUUGAAAUGAUUCCGUCCGGAAUGCAUUUUGUUUAUUGUGCAUCUCAAGGAACCAACGGAGAAAUCUCAUCUAGAGUCGGCUUUCCGCAUUAUUUUAAAAGUGGGGAAAUAGUAGUACGUGAAUGGAGUACCAGCACUGAAGAGUUACGAUCUAACGGCAAUGCAAAUAGCAUCAGAAAAAAUCUUAAAAGUUUUAUGAAAUAUAUGGUUCCUUAUAACUGUAAUGAUUUUUCAAAAUGGUUCAAGCUGUCUUCAAGCAUUACAGAAAAAACAAUACAACAGCUCUCACCAGACAGUGGAAUAAUACGCGAUAGUACAGAUUUGCUUUCAUACGUCGAUUCGAAUGACGCAUCAACUGGGGUUGAAUCACAAGUGUUUGUACAAAAUUCUCUAAAACAAGAUUUUUCACAUUUUAAAUCUAUUGCUGGUACAAUUCCCAAGUUCACAAUUCUCCCUCCUAGAUGUCCGAAUGAUGCUUCUCCUUCUGAAAUUUCUAAACAUUACAUAGAUUGUAUAUAUGCCAUUGAUUUGCUUUUACAAAACAAAGAAAAAGAAGUUUACGAAGAAAUUCAGUUUUCAUUUUUACUGUACCUCUGCGGUCAUUCGAUAGCCGGUUUAAGUCAAUGGCGUAGGAUACUUAGUUUACUGAGUAAUUCAGAGAAGGCAGCAGAAAAGUAUGGCAACUUUUAUAAAAACUACCUCGCGAUUUUACAAAUUCAUUUACCUGAGUUACCAAUUGAAAUGAUCGAGCAAUCAAAAAAUAACACCGUUUACUCAGACGUGCGUCGAUUGAUGUUAAAUUGCUAUAAAGUAGGAAUUACAUCGGAUUCCAAUGCAUUGGAAAGAAGUUUAAAAGCUACCCUUCUGUGGAAAUUCGAUGAUUUAUUUGUAGAAGAUCCCGAAGAAAUGCCGGUUGUGGUUGAGUCAUGAUAUAAACUGGAAUAAAUCAUAAGUUAUGUUGUAAUACUGUA